CAAGAACAUGGCUGCGCAGACUGUGACAUUCGAAAUUUUGGUGUAAAGCGGUACUUUCGUAAUCCUUAUUAAAAUAAUCGGGAUGGAAAAGUUAAGUGAUGAAAUCUUAGUAAGGAUUUUUAGUUUCUUAUCUGCUCGAGAUCUUUGUAGGUGCUCCCAGGUGUGCUCUAGUUGGUGUCGUCUUUCAGACGAUUUUCAUUUAUGGAAAAAGUUGUUUAUAGAAUCAUUUGACAAAUUCAUUUCUGAUUCUUCCUACUAUAAGAAUUUGUUUCCAACCCAGUGGAAAGAAUUGUUUAUUACUCGGUCAAACUGGUUAAGUGGACACUGUCAUGUUCAAAGUCUUCAUAAAAAGGCAAUGAACCAAGAAAAAACUGAACCCACCAAAGUUGUGUGCUUGAAAAUAUCAAACUGUGGUGGGAGUGUUUUAGCAAGCGUCAACCAAGACUCAAAGUUGGUUCAUAUGUGGAGUUUGAUUCACAAGAAGUCUCUUCAUAUUGUACAGUGUGAAAGUGUUAUUGGUUGUGUAGACUUUGGAAAUGAACGCUCACAAAACCUUCUGGCUAUUGGUCUCUAUAGAAACAAGUUCAUUCUUUGGGACUUCCGCAAGAGAAGUAUUAUCCUAAGCAGAACAAAUAUAACAGAAGUGGCAAGGGAUCAAAUAGAGAGUCCAAGAGAUACUGGUUUCCCACCUGCUAUGGCUGUGUGUCGGGUCAAUCUGGUGGAUAAUAAACUUGCUACUGUUACUUCUCAGUGUGUUGUCAAAGUGUGGCACUUGGAUCUUAAUCAGCUGGGACCAAUAUCUUGUACUUGUUUGCAUACCCUUGCAACCUUUAAACCAAGGUGUUCUGUUCUAGACAUUCAACUGAAGAAUGGAGGGAAUGAUGUCUGGUCUGUGUCCAUUUCACAUGCUGCAGAAGUUCUAGAAAACUGGAAUCUCAUUGGUUUUCAGACUGUAAGAUUUCAAGGUCAUUCACUCAUUGAGGAAGAUCCUGGAGUCACUUUUGAGGAAGAAUCUGUUGAUGAUGAUGAAGAUUGUGUAACAGCCAAAAUGCAAACAUGGACAGGAAUACAAAAAGAGCAAAUGGGCUCCAGAACAUCUGUAUCUUGCCUGUCCAUCAGUCCUUGUACAAAACUGGUCACUUCUGGACAAAAUGACAACACUAUUACACUUUGGGACACUGCUACUCAAUGUUCUAGGCACAUUCUAUUUGGACACACAGGUGCUGUGACGUGUACAGAUGUAGAUAUGCAUAAGGUUGUUAGUGGAUCAAAUGACAGAACUGUUAAGGUUUGGUCCUUAGAAAAUGGUGAUUGUCAGUUAACCCUUCCUGGUGAUCAUACUUCUGGAGUCUCUUGUGUUACAUUCAAUGAUCAGUGGGUUAUUAGUGGUGACUCUUCUGGAGAGAUCAAGGUGUGGGAUUUUGCUGUUAACAGUCUGUCUGUAUUGCAAAGUUAAGACCUGCCAUCACAACAAAAUCAAGUUCUUCGACAUCAGAUAUGUAUUUUCGAUCAAAAAGAUAGGGAAGCUUUUCAGUUCAAUUUAUUUAUUACUCCAGACCUAUUGGCCCUUAAGUUGUAACCCUUGUUUAUAAAUUUGAACUGACACAGUUAUCAAUAGGACUAUUUGUUUUUAUUAAUACCUUUUAGACAAAAAAUAAAACAUUUAAUUGAAUAGGAGCAGAACUAAAUAGCAUUUCAAUUUCAAAUUUUUAUGAUUUUGCCCAUAGACAAUACAUAUGUGAUGCAAAUACUACAAUCUAUACAUCA